UUGUUCUGUCUAGAGCGUUUCCUGAUUCUCUAGAAUUCCCACAUCCCAAAAUAUCCCGAAAAAUCACAUUCCUUUGAUUUCGGGGAAAAGGGUUGCAACAAGAAAGAAAUAAUAUUAAUUAAUAUUAACAAAUAUUUAUAUAUACUCAUAUUGCAGAACCGACCUUGAGAUUAUGGCUUCUCUUCCGGGUUGUGAUUGUUUUUAUUGCUGAACUCACUGUAACUGCUCGUUGAGGGACCCUCGAAAUCGGGAGUUGUUCAAUGGCAAAAGAUAAUUCUGAUUCCGAUUCCCACAAUAGACGUCUUGGUCUUUUAAAAGAUCAAGUUAACUUGGUUAAAAGGAGAGACUCUAAUCGCUAUGAGAUUGCUCCAAUCCUUGACCAACUAUCGUUUGAGAAGGGUUUUUUUAUAGUAAUUCGUGCAUGCCAAUUGUUAGCCCAAAAGAAUGAUGGAAUAAUAUUGGUAGGGGUGGCCGGACCUUCAGGGGCAGGGAAGACUGUAUUUACUGAAAAGAUACUCAACUUCAUACCCAGCGUUGCAGUCAUUUCAAUGGAUAAUUACAAUGAUGCUAGUCGAAUUGUUGAUGGAAACUUUGAUGAUCCACGCUUAACAGACUAUGACACAUUGCUCCAGAAUCUACAUGAUUUGAAGGAAGGAAAGCCGGUUGAGGUUCCUAUAUAUGAUUUCAAGUCCAGUUCACGUACAGGAUACAGGACAGUAGAAUCCCCAAGUUCUCGUAUAGUGAUUAUAGAAGGCAUCUAUGCCUUGAGUGAGAAGUUGCGACCUUUACUGGACCUUCGAGUCUCUGUCACGGGAGGAGUUCACCUUGACCUUGUAAAACGAGUUAUACGUGACAUACAGCGUGCUGGUCAAGAACCUGAAGAAAUUAUUCAUCAAAUAUCUGAGACGGUGUAUCCAAUGUAUAAGGCCUUUAUUGAGCCAGAUCUCCAGACAGCACAUAUAAAAAUCAUCAACAAAUUUAAUCCAUUUACUGGAUUCCAGAGCCCUACUUACAUUCUAAAGUCAGCAAGGAAUGUCACAGCGGAUCAAAUUAAAGCUGUUCUCUCUGAGGAUUUUAAGGAAACAACAGAGCAAACUUAUGACAUAUAUCUUCUACCACCUGGUGAAGAUCCAGAAACUUGCCAAUCAUAUUUACGGAUGCGAAAUAAGGAUGGGAAAUAUAGUCUCAUGUUUGAGGAAUGGGUGACAGACAAUCCAUUCGUCAUAUCACCAAGAAUUACUUUUGAGGUCAGUGUGCGCCUUCUGGGUGGACUAAUGGCCUUGGGAUACACAAUAGCUACUAUCCUUAAGAGAAACAGCCAUGUCCUUUCUGAUGAUAGGAUUUGUGUUAAACUAGAUUGGCUUGAGCAACUUAAUCGACAUUAUGUUCAGGUACAAGGAAGAGAUCGCUUAGUUGUACAAUAUAUAGGGCAGCAGCUGGGCCUAGAAGGUUCCUACAUUCCUCGUACCUACAUUGAGCAAAUUCAACUUGAAAAGCUUGUGAAUGAGGUUAUGGCCCUACCAGAUGAUUUGAAGACCAAGCUCAGCUUAGAUGAGGAUUUGGUGUCAAGCCCCAAAGAAGCACUUUCUAGAGCCUCUGCUGACAGAGUUGCCAUGAGAAAUAAACAUCUGAGGAGUGGAAUGUCACAGUCAUAUACCAAUCAUAGGGACAAAAAUCUAGCCAAGGUUACUGGAUAUGUUGCCAACAAUCAUGGUUUUGGUGAUAGGAAUUCAGAUUCCACCACAAUGGCAGUAAAUCAGGGAGCCAUCAGUCAGUUAUCAGACCAAAUUUCUGCUCUCAAUGAUAGAAUGGAUGAGUUUACAAAUCGUAUUGAAGAGCUGAACUCCAAGUUAAUCAUCAAGAAAAAUUCUCCAAGCCAACAAAAUAUGUCACUUCAAGCUGAGGCUUGCAAUGGUUCUGCUCCCACCUCUUACUUCAUCACUAGUUUGGGUAAUGGUUCCCUAACAGGAUCUAAAAUGGCAAAUUCCACAUCAUCAUCACAGUUAGCUAAAGAUUCUCCUUUAAUGGAUGAGCUAUCAGGCAUUGCACGUGGUCAGCGUCAGAUCAUGCAUCAAUUGGACAAUCUCAAUAAUCUUCUGAGGGGAAACUUGGGGGAGAAGUCUCACCAAACAAGAAACAAUAGGAAAACCAUAGAAACAACAUCAGAUUCCACGGGAGCUCGUGCUAUGGUGGUAGUGGCUGUGGGAUGUUUGGGGAUCUUCUUGAUGAAGGGUUUGUUGAACCGAAAGUGAUUCCUCUUGGUGUAGUCAGUGGUUUUACAUUCAACAUAUUUUUGUUCACUCUGACAACCUUAAAGGUGUUGAGGCAUUGACAGCUAAAAGAAAGAUUCAGGAGGCAGUUUUUUAGGGUCAUUUGAGGGAAGGUGAGAGGGUUUAUGCCCACUUGAAAUUUUUUUAACUUGGUGGGCUUACUUUGUUAUCACAAUUUUAUGGCAUUUUCAACCUUAAAUCCACAACAAAGUAGAGUAGAGUCUUUGUUUUUGAAUCUUUAUCAGGUGCUAUACCAUAUGCGUUUCUUUCCUCAUUUUAAUUUAAAUAAGUUGAUAAUAUAGAGUUGAGUUUUGAGGCCAAUUUAGCAACAUCUAUGACAACUAAUUGAGGGGAAGAAAAUGCAAGACUGUAUCACGAUGUUACAACUUAUAUGCAAAUUGAUUCAAAUGUA